AGAUUAUUUUAUAAAUAUCUUUCUUUUUCUUAGCUACAUAAUUCCCUACUUAACUUUCAUAAAAGAUUAUUUGUCAAUUUAAAAAACUUGAAUAUCUUCAUCUUUAGUUGCACAACAUUGUAGGAUUUUUCUUCGAAUUUUUAAAUAGUUUUACACAACCUAAUCGGAUUCUUUAACUAGGCUCAAAAUGAGGCUCGGAGGCUGGAGCAGGAGCUGGAGGCUGUAAACGAGGCCAGGGCAAACCAGAUUAACGAGACAAGAAAACUUGAGGCCGAACUCUCUUCUUUAAAAAAGAGCCUAGAGGAGAUGGAAUGGACAACCUUUGAUAAAUCUCAAGAUUCAUCAAGUCAGGGAUCACAGAUUUCAAGUUUUAAACCUAGAACUGGAAACCAGGAUUCUGCUAGUCUCAUCCUCGAAGUCUCCGAGGUUAAACGUCUCCUUGAGGCCAGAAAUACGCAGGUUUCGGAGCUAAAAUCUGCCAACAAAUCUCUCACAUCAGAUAUAAUCAACUUAAAGAAUCUGCUGGAUCUGGAAGGUGAAGGCUGUACAUUACAAGAAAUAUCACAACAGAAAGAGAUUAUUAUUGAGAGGGAUAAAACUAUUGAAAAAAUCCAGAACCGGUUGCGUGAGUGUGAGAAGGAGAAAGGAGAACUGAGAACAGAGCUGGACUUGUUCAAGGAGAACUUCGAGGUGGAGAAGGUUAACUGGUUGGACGAGAAAGAGAAGGUUAUCAGAUAUCAGAAACAACUGCAGUUGAACUAUGUGCAGAUGUAUAAGAAGAAUAAGAGUCUUGAAUCCGAGGUUGACCAGCUGAAGAAAGCACUGGCAGAGACAAGCAGCAACAAGACUUCAUCAUCCACCAGAUCGAGACUGUUCAGUAAAUUCAGCAAGUUUCAUGAAUCCCAAGGAAUUCAUUGAUUAGAGUUUGUAGUUCGGAGGUCACUUUAGACUUUAGAGGCUGGAUUACACAAUAUUUAGUGGUGUACAAUAUGCUAAAAACUUCCUCAAAUUCCAUAAAAAUUUGGAAAAGAAAGACGACUUUUAGACUCAAGUUAUGACUUCAAAUAAUCCUAUGAUUAGAUUCCUAAACAUAUCAACUACAUAUAAGAUUGUUAAUUAAUGUCGUCCUCAUAUUGCACAAUUUUAUAGGUUCCCAAUGUAAAGUUUUAAAUAGUUUUGUUGGACGUAAUUAUUAUCAACAUUUUUAAUCAAUGGUGCUUUAAUGUAAUAAAGAAGAUAGACACGGGCACAAUACCUUUUUAUACAUUUCAAAUAUUUUGUUUUUGAACCGAACUGAAGGCUACAGUGAGAACCUAAAACUGAAAAAUAAAACGAUAAAAAUAAAGUAAUACUUUAACGUAUGUCAUGCUGAUACAAAACAAAUGGUUUUACACUUAACUUAUUAAAUUGCUGUGUCUAAUGUUUAUUGGAUUAAAGUCAUAACUUACGUCUGAAAGUCGUCUUUUUGUUUCUUAGUUUUCUGGUUCUCACUGUAGGUUAUUAACUUGUAUCUAACUUUGAAACAUGUAAGCUAAUAUUCGGCUUUAUAAGAAGAUGUUUUAAAAAUGUAUUGAAAAAUAUUUAAAAAUAUCCAAUUUUUUUAACUAUAAUCUCAUCUAAACGUAAUUUGCCCGCAAACAUUUUCCCGAGAACCAUCGUUUUUUACAUUAAAUUAACUUUUAGCAUUUUGAAUAAGAUGAGCAAACUCGUUAUUUUAUGUUUUUGGAAGCCAUUCGUUCAAAACAAAUUAAAUAUUUUUGACCUCAGCAUUGGCUUUGAAAUAUUUGACAAAAAACUCUGGGAAAAACUUAAAACAAUAAAAAAUUACGUUUAGCACAAACACUCAUUUUGUGUAUAUAUAUUUGUUUUGGAUAGUCAUAUAUUUCCUCUAAUUGGUACUAUAAGAUCGAUUCUCUAAUAGUCUACAAAUUUGUGAUAAUUUUUUUUCUAGAAAGGUGUGUUAGUCUAAAAAUUUUCUGAAGUGAAACGUUCUCUAAUUAUGUCAUUUUAACAAAGGAAUCUUGUUUUUCUUUUCGAACUUCACUUGAGUUCCAAAAACUUUAAAAAUUUCAAGAGGGUUAAAAUAAAGUUAAACAAUUGUUCAAUCAUGUGCCAUUAAUACACUCAAAUAGAUACAGAUGUUGAUGUUAACGUGCUCCUAAUACUUAAGGCAACUGUAAGCGUGAUCUUCUUUGUAUAUAAAAAGAAAUGUCCAAUUUACAAUUAAGAGAACUUUCAGUCUUUGUCUGCUGAUCAAGAAUGCAUUAGAAAUUCGUGAUAUUUCUAUUUCUAUUUAUUCUCAAUUGUGAAGUCACUUGCGGAUUUCUUGCUUCUGAAACAUUGUAGAAAUUCGAAAUCCUGAAAAGUAGAUGAAUUGUGUUUUAAUGUAAUUGUAUUGCUAUAUAUGUUCUUUGAAUAAAGUUGUCAAAUA